AUGACGUUCGUUCAAAACACCCGAAGCCGAUUCCAAACGUUUACCAGAGCACACCACUUUUCCUGUGUUGUCACUGCUGGCUUUUAUCUGGUCUUCGGAGUUGCGUUCAUUAUUGCGGGCAGCAUCCUGGUUCACAACCACAAAGACGGAUUUUAUCAACAAACCAACAAACCCAAUUUGGAUGACGACUACGACUACGGUGAUUAUUAUGACCCUUAUGAAAAUGACUACUUAUUCAUCGGCGAUAGAAUGUGAGUACCAUUUUGUGUUAACAUGAAGUACUGACACGUAAUGUAUCCUGCGCAGAAACAACAAAUCUUUGUUAAAAGGUCCUAGCUACGGUGCAAAAACCGACUUAAAAAACAGAAGCUAUUACAGAUAGGUUUGUCGCCGACAAGGACAAAGAAGACCGGUACGGUCAUUUCAGGCCAUUAAGCCAUCGUCAGAAAACCUUACCCUACCUCGCGUUUGGGAACACUACCAAUCGGAAAACAGAUUCUUUUGGUUAUAAAGCGCUUGUAAAUUUGACGGUCUGGCACGUAUACACAAGACAGUUGUCCUGUUGGCUGCGAUCAGGCGAAGUGACUACGGUUUGAAAUUCAUGUGCCCCCAAACCUGUGAUUGGGUAAGGCUGACUGACUGAAUACGUCAGAAAUGCUCAUCUCGAAGUCUCCUAUUUUGUUCUGUACAAUACACACCAACAUGCACUAGUAGUCUGCAUGCGACUGCCUGUCUGAGGUCCGGAGCGAACCUCAGAACAUAACAGCACGAGCAACUGUUCCGCCAAAAGCUGGAAUUUUUUGAACUUCAAUUUAGGAGGGUUUGCAAUGUUAAACCCCAAAAGAUGGAAUUUGUUUUCAAGACCCUGCCAGACUUUAGGUUGACACGUGGCCAACAUGUCUGCGAUGAAUUCAGAAAGCAGUAAGAAAAAUUAACUGCGCAUUUUGCACGAAGGAUUCCAUUGACAAAGUAUUUAUCGAACAUUUUAUGGACCAUACUAUUCCACCGUUGCGCCCUGGGGCUCAGUCGGUACCCCAAACCGGCAUUUGCACAGGAACCGCAAAUAUAUGAUUAAAGGGAAGCCAAAAACGACAUGGGAGACGGAACUAGCGAUUUCUGGUUUGUUUGAGACCUAUUACCGAUUCCAGGUUUUGUAUCACCCGGGAUCUCAAUUCCCUUGCAGCCAACACGACGACGGACUUUUACCUAAACUGCGGCGCGUUUAACUUAACAAGGAUUGGCGACCAAGGAUUCUGGGCUCAAAUCCCAGUCCCUGCAGACUCGCGGUUUGGUGAGGCUGCCUAUCGAUGACUUGUGAAAUUGGAAAAUCUCAACUCCAGACUCUCGUUUCUAUAUCGAUGCUCCUCUUAUGAAAAUUGUGCUAUACCCAUUGUAGGCGGUGUCCUCGCGCAAACCCUGCACCGACACGAUGGCCUCAAGGAUUAAAAAAGACUUAGAGCCUUUCCGGCUUGUUCACCUCGAUCAGCUAGUCAGAAUCCAACUCGAAACUGUGGAGCAGACAGUGGAACUCUUAGUAGUUGAGCAUCAAGCAACGUGCUCAUCACUGGACAAUGGGGUUUCGUUAGGUCCUCUGAGUUCGAGGAUAUCUAACCGCAUGAUUGUGUUGCGUGUCCAAGCUUUCCUGACUGCAAGGCUGGAGACGAACACCUCCACGCUGCCUCAAAGCAGAGAGCCCACAUCGCAAACAGGUAGUUGCAGAGCGCCUGGAAAUAAUCAGUUGACCAGUGUUCAUUGACGAGACAGGGGAGGAUGCGAAUGUCCUUCUUAUGACUUAUGGGCCGUCAUACGCCAGAGAUAGUACAACCCCAGGACUACACGCCGACAGUCUAAAUUCCUAUGAGGUACUUUUUCGGCAACAGCCUAGCUAGUGCACUCCAGGCCCCAGAUAGCACCGAAUGCAAUCGCAAAUACUCAUUUGCGUGACAAUGCCAUACAACGGCCAAGCCUCAAUGUAGGCUAGUGGCCAUGGCCUUGUCAUCGUGGACUGAUGACGAAGACAUUCAGAGAACAGUCAUAAUCCCUAAUGUCAUUUUACAGUCAGGUUGGACUGACGUAUAACUCUUCGGGUACUGUGUGCGAUGUAUGAAAGAUAGGGUGAAAUUCUGCACACCCUUAAAGCACAAAAUCAUCAUGCCUUUCUUGUUGUACAACAAGUAUUACAACAUUUCCAAACACUUGUAGAAUGUACCUUACCGGAGUGGGACUAUUGAGCUUUGGUGUAUUCUUCCUCGUCGGUGGUGCAAUCUGCGUUUACUGCGUCUGCUGUUCUCGUGAGGCCGCGCAUACAGAUGGAGAAUGUCCGGCCGAACCUCUACAGCAGGUAACUGUUUUUCCUUAAUCGGGUCGCACUUUAAAUGGUUUCAAAUCUCGAACAUUUGCUAUCCGUACCUUUCAUCUCACCUGCGUUCCAAGUGUCUAAAAUAAAGGCCGUUUACCCUUCCCGCGAGAACAAUUAAUCACUCCUUCACACUUGGUUUUGCCGUCGAGAAUUUUGAUAUAACUUUCGCAGAAAAUGCAAAGGGGCAAUUUUUUAAAUGCCCACAUGGUGGAACAUUAUAUGCACUCAAACGUAUAUGCAUUAGGACAGGAUAUUUUAGGUUUUUUAAAGUUUUCCAAAUAUAAACGUUUUAAGGACUCUACGAAUGCACGCUCAUAAAUUAUCGGGUGUGCCCAAUUAUCAUAGCUGUUAAUUAAAUAAACACGACAUUCCGUAUCCAUUUGAACAUUUCGUGCGUCCUCUAUUGCCUUAUAAAAUCACAUUAAAUGUAUGACUUAUCUUCAACGAAGAUUUACAGUGUACAAAUUUAAAAGCAUUAAUGCAAGUACGAUAGAAGACUAGGUUCAAAACUAUUCAGGAUGUAAAUAGCAUUCUAAGGGUCGAUGACAUCAUUUUGGACAAUACAAUUUAGAGAAAAUUUUACUUGAACCAAAUUAGCAAAAAUGCGCAAUCAGCGAAUUUUCCUAAACCUUAUUCGAAUUUAUUGGGACGUCUUAAAUCAACAGAAACAUUAACUUAAUAUGGGCAGUACUUUUUGCAUUAUAUGGAUUUUUGCUGAUGAGCAGAGUAAAUCUUUUGAAAGCCAGAAUCUACUCUGACUUAAAUAUCAAAGAAAUAUGCAACAUGCAAUUUAAUGCAAGAACUCCAGUUAAUUAAUUUCGAGAACCAAAUGCACGUUGUAUAAUUUGUUUAACACUUUGCACACUUUAUAUAUAGUUUACACAGUAGAUGAGCUCACCCAUGAAAUGGCAGUCGAAAUAUCGAAAUGCGAUCUCGUUUAGAAAGGAGUAAUCAAGUAGGCUUGUGGCACUGCCCAUCAUGCAGAAUAAUUUUAUAUAAUACCAGUUACUUCAGGGUGACAGCUUUCGAACGAACUCCUCCCCGGCUGCAUGAAGGAACCGUCGUAUGCAAAGAAUAACUACUUUAGUAGCAUGCAUGUUUCUCGUUGAUUUUCGAUUCCAUGAAUCAUUCAGUUAUAUGUCAUGGAAAAUAUGUAUAAGAAUAUUCACUCUCCUGCUCAUUCAAUAAAAAACGACGUACUCUUUCAAUGAAGUUCAAUAGAAGUGUAUGAUUCGGUUUUGGAAAAUUUUCUAAUUAAGUGACUGUUUAAUACCGUGAUAUAACCGUCUAUAAAAUGUCAUGACUCUGCAUUUACCAAUGUGGUUUGUAAAGUUAGCAAUAUGUCUCAUAUCCAUUGUAGAUUGUAUAAGUUCCAUAUGGUUUUAUCUUAAUAACGAGGAGAAAUGGUUAUUUUUCAGUACGCGGAAACUAUGCGACUGAUAGUUUAGGAACCCUGAAUGAUUGUAUAACAGCAGGUUGUAUUCAAAAUUAUUUGGGAAUUCUAAAAGUUUUUCAAAACCGAAUCGUACUCUUUCCUAGAGAAUGAAAACGAAAGCAAAAUUCAACUGCCUACUGAAUAAGCAAUCAAAUAAAUUGCUGAUAGAAGCGAACAGGAAAGUUCCAGGUAGCAGCUCAGAAGAUGCGAUCACCGGAACAAUAAAUUUAUUUUCCUGACCUCAAGCAGUGAUUAACCUUUUCCAAACGAGAACGCAUUUUGAUAUUUUGACUGGCAUUUUAUGAUUUCGUCCACCUACCGUAUGUAAAUCGCAUGGUAGGGUUUAUCAAUCUUGUCAAACGAUUGACAAGUGGCAUUAAUAUACGAAACAUAUAUCCCUUGCAUAAGAAAAAGAAUUUGAAUCGUUUCUCCAGAUACCGCACUAGACGUAUUUUGACAGGCUUAUACAGAUGUACAACAAGUAUUACAGCAUUUCCAAAUAUUUGUAGAAUGUACCUUACCGGAGUAUUAUACAGAUGUCACUUACAUUCAAGGAAACAAAUUGUACGGGCCGGUACCAGUCACAAUUUUUAAUAUCCGCCUUUUACAAUUUACGCCUAAAAGUAAGCGAAAUGCAUUGAGCAAACAUGUGCAUUCCGAUAAGGCUAGAAAAGUUUUUGUACCUUAAAUGGACUUAUUGAUACGUAUAGCAAGCCUGUGUUUGGUUUUUCCAUAGAAUGAUUUCCCUUGGGCUUUUAAAAUGAUGCUCAAAAUACGUCCACGAAAUCUAAAUGUGCAUUUUAAAACAUAAAUAUCGGAUGAACUUCACUAAAGUGGGCAUUUUAAUAAACUACAUUUUAACUAACCUAAUUAAUUAAGUUUACUUUUCCAGGAAAAUAAAGCUUUUGAAUUGCCAGCAAUAAUUUUUUAGAACAACUCUAUUUCCGUAUAACGUUUAGGAAGCGGGCUUGCAUUUGUGAAAACGCCAGUCUCCUUACCAGGUUGAAAUAAGGUGUGCACGAACAAAAUCCUUUUAUUCGAUUUUCAUAAAGUCUCCAAUUAUCUGCUUGAAAAGGAGCACACAUUCAUUUACUCAAUAGAUGAGAGGAAGAUGCGAUCACUGAGGAAACAUUUUUUACUCAUAAGAUACGUUUAUUUACACAUUCCUUUAGCCAACACAGUCGCAGUACCCGCCUCAACCGCAGUACCCACCCCAACCGCAGUACCCACCCCAACCUCAAAAUCCCCCUUCCGCCGCACCUCCACUGCCUUACCCCCAACAACCGCCGUCUUACGAUCAGGUUUUGAGCAGUCAACAACUUCCUGCUCAUGCGAAUAUUCCACCAACCGCUCCAUCUGCUCUGGCAGCAGAUGAAAUCAAAAAAACGGCCUAUGAAUAA